AGCAACAGCAACAUCAGAAUGGGCGAUGAGAUGACCAGAUUGAAGAUGUUUUUGAUCUUGAAAAUGAUCAGCUAGCUUCGUGGACUGCGCCACAAAACUACGCGCGUCACGCCUGGGUAAUUUUGCAUACGCCACAUUGUGUUGACCGUGCAUCGCCGCACUUCGGAGUAUACAUACUGCAGUGUAUCCCCCGAUUGCCCCCCCUCCGGGACAUAACGAACGAUCAGUGAUCCAUUCCCGCGAGCCGAAUCUUGGACUGUCCCUGGUGCCGCAACUUCCGCGGAUCUAGUGGGAAUUGUUCCACACUUCCUGACUUGCUUUCUUUCAGCUGUGAGUGUGUGAGACAUUUCGGAAACUAAGAGUAAGAAGCUCAAGGAUAUAAAGGUUCGGCCUUUCCCGUCAACACACAUCAUUCAAACAGCGUGGCUUGGCGUUGCCAAUCUUGCCAAACGUUCCUGGCGGAAAACGAUAUAUCUCCACCUCGAAGAGGCUGUGAGAAGGGUAUGGAAGCCACCAAGGGCUUGCUCACAAACGAUACGUCACUGCACACACGCAACAACAAGGACGACAGUAACAACGACAACGUCAACAACAAGAUCAGUCUGGGAGAUGCAUAUGAGAGACCUAUUUUCCAGGGGCGGCAGUGACUCCGACUCGCACUCCGUCGCGCCGUCCGAAACGAAGUCAGAAGCGACCCGUCGCCAUGAGCUGCUGUUAAAAGUGCAGUACGCCCUCGCCGACAUCAUCGGCUUGGGCGCAUUACCAUCCAUCAUCCCGCCCGGCCGAGAACACCACCACUGCAAAAAGCGACCAGUCUUCAUCGCUUGGCAUCCCGUGGCGGACAACCUGGGGGUGUUAUUCGCCGAGCAUACGCGACUGGGGCAAGCUAUCACCAAGGAAAUGGGCGAGUUUCCAGAUCCGACAAAUCACUGGGCUGUAUUGGUGGGGGAUCAGGAUACGGAUUAUUAUCAUGAGCUGUGGAUGGAGAAAGACUUCACAGUAGUAAACCAGCAUGGCUUGGUCGGGUCACAGAAGUGGACGAACAAGCUACAAGUUGGAGAGACGAGGUGGAAUGAUCAAGCAGUAUUAGCAGCCAGCAACAAGGCAAUAAAGCAGAUGAAGCCAAGGUAUGGCUUGAUCGACAACAAUUGCCAGAUCUUCGCCUCUCACCUCCUCCUUGAGCUAGGCAUCAAACUGGGAACAGAUAUCAACACCGCCAAGGAUAUGAGAGACAAGUUACUCGCAGAGUUCAGCGAGAUUUCAUGGCGGAAGAAACUGGCCAACAAGGACUGGCAGACUCCCAAAUUCCUAAAAGUGAAGGAGAUUCGGCGGAGCAUCAGCCCUGCCUUUGGGGGAAAUGUAGAACCAGAACCAGAAGCACAUGAGGAGGUUGUGAUGGAGGAAAGGAAGGCUAAAUUACGACCUUUUAGUUGGGGGAAGAAGAAAGAAGUGGUUGCGCAACUUCCAACCUCGCCAUGAGUUUUACGCGUCAGGCCCCCCUUAACACUAACUAAAACACCAAUGAUACCCCCAAUACCUCUAAACAAACUAUCAGAGUAUAAUUUGAGUAUUUCCCGUUCCCUGCCGCACGCGGAUAAUCACCGCAUCCAGCGUCUGCCUACGGAUGAUGAGCCUGUCAAAUUCAAAACCCCACUGGUC